CGGUGGGGCACUAGGACCCGGUGGGGCGGGCGGGCGGCGCGCUCCCGGCUCCCUCCUCCCGCCCGCCCGCAGCCCGGCUCCGCUCCAUUGUCUGGGACCCGGCCGGGCGGGCGGGCGAGCGCGGGAGCCGGCGGCCGGGAUGCGGGUCCGGAGCGCGGCCGCCUGAGCCGCCGCCGCCUUCCCAGAGGAUGCGCGGCCGCAUGGCGGGGCCCCGCGGAGCCGCGCUCGGCCUCCUGCUGGCCCUGGCCCUGGCCCUGGACGUCGCGAGAGGGGUUGCUGACCAGGGCCCAUCGGACCCUGUAUACCUACCAGCUGCCCUGGAGCUCCUGGAUGCCCCUGAACACUUCCGGGUGCAGCAAGUGGGCCACUACCCACCUGCCAACUCCUCGCUGGGCUCCCGCUCAGAGACCUUCCUGCUCCUGCAGCCCUGGCCCCGUGCCCAGCCUCUGCUGCGUGCCUCCUACCCGCCCUUUGCCACCCAGCAGGUGGUCCCUCCUCGUGUCACACAGCCCCACCAGCGUCCGGUGCCCUGGGAUGUGCGGGCCGUGUCAGUGGAGGAAGCCGUGACCCCUGCUGAGCCCCAGGCCCGAGUGCUCUUCCAUCUCAAAGGGCAGGACUGGCCCCCAGGGCCUGGCAGCCUGCCCUGUGCCCGGCUCCAUGCCAGGCACCCUGCGGGCACCACUCACCGUGCCUGCCGCUUCCAGCCAUCGCUGGGUGCCUGCGUGGUGGAGCUGGCCUUCCCUGCACACUGGUUCUCCCCAACGGCCACCACUCGGGCAGAGCUGGCCUACACGCUGGAGCCUGCCACCGAGGGCCCCUGGGGUUGUGGGCCAGAUCCUGGGCAGGAUGACCGUCAGGACCAGGCCCUCCCAGUGGGCAGUGUGGAGCUGCGGCCAGCAGACCCCCCGCGCUACCAGGAGGUGCCCCUGGACGAGGCAGUGACCCUGCAGGUGCCGGAUGUGCCUGUGCGGCCCGGCCAGCUGUUCAGCGCCGCCCUCCUGCUUCGCCACAACUUCACGGCCAGCCUGCUGACGCUACGGAUCAAGGUGAAGAAGGGGCUGCAUGUGUCAGCUGCCCGCCCAGCCCAGCCCACCCUCUGGACAGCCAAGCUGGACCGCUUCAAGGGCUCUAAGCACCACACCAGCCUCAUCACCUGUCAUCGUGUGGAAGGAUCGGAGGAGCCAGAUGCCAGCAGCUCCCUGGACCUGUCUGAGUUCCUGUGGGUGGACUUCCUGGUGGAGAAUGGUACUGGUGGGGGCGUGGCUGUCACUCGGCCUGUCACCUGGCAGCUGGAGUACCCAGGUCAGGCCCCUGCAGCAGAGAAGGACAAGAUGGUGUGGGAGAUGGUAGUGUCUGAGCGCAACAUACGAGCCCUCGUGCCCCUGGCCAAGGCUGAAGAGUUGGUGAACACAGCACCGCUGACCGGAGUCCCUCGCCAAGUCCCCGUGCGCCUGGUUACCGUGGACAUCGGGGGGGUGCUGACCGAGGUGACGGAGCACAUUGGCUGCGAGUCAGCCAACACACAGGUCCUACAGGUGUCAGAGGCCUGUGACGCCGUGUUUGUGUCUGGCAAGGAGAACCGGGGUGCUCAAGGGCUGCGCGUGGACUUCUGGUGGCGCCGGCUGCGGGCCUCACUGCGGCUGACGGUGUGGGCCCCGCUGCUGCCCCUGCGUGUGGAGCUGACUGACACCACACUUGAGCAGGUCCGAGGAUGGAGGGUGCCUGGCCCUGCUGAAGGGAUCCCGGAGCCAGAGGCCAGUGUGGCAGAAGAAGCCGAGCGGCGAGCUAGGGGCUGCCGCCUGCAGUACCAGCGCGCCAGCGUGCGCUUCCUCGUCCCCUUUGCGGCCCACCCGCUGGACGGCGGCCGCCCCCUCACCUACCUUCUCGGCCCGGACUGGCUGCUGGACGUGACCCACUUGGUGGCAACUCACGCCCGCGUGCAGGACCCACGUGUGGCCUCGCUGGAGGGGGGCCGUGUGCUGGUGGGCCGGGAGCCCGGGAUCACCUCCAUUGAGGUGCGGUCCCCGCUGUCCGACUCCAUCCUGGGGGAGCAGGCACUGGCCGUGACAGAUGACAAAGUGUCGGUGCUGGACCUGCGAGUGCAGCCGGUGAUGGGCAUCUCGCUGGCCCUGAGCCGGGGCACCAUCCACCCCGGGGAGGUCACGGCCACAUGCUGGGCGCAGUCGGCCAUGCCAGCCCCAAAGCAGGAAGUCGCCCUGUCCCUGUGGCUGUCCUUCUCCGACCACACCCUGGCCCCAGCCGAGCUCUAUGACCACCGAGACCUGGGACUGUCCGUCUCAGCUGAGGAGCCCGGGGCCGUCCUGCCGGCCCAGGAGAGGGGCAGCCAGCUCGGGGUGGUGGUGAAUGGAGCAGGCUCCGAGGGGCUGCCCCUGCACGUGGCCCUGCACCCCCCUGAGCCCUGCCGCCGGGGGGCCCGCCACCGUGUGCCCCUGGCCUCUGGCACCGCCUGGCUCGGGCUGCCCCCCAGCCCCACUCCGGGACCCUCUGCCCUCCCAUCCAGCCCAGUCCACAGCUCACUGGUCACCCAGACCAGCCUGGGGGGUGAGCGGCAGGGGCUGGGCAGUGCAGGGACCAGUGGGGGUGUGAGGGGCAAGUUCGAUCGGGCAGAGGAGGGGUCUGAGGCUGAGGAGGAGGAGGAGGAGGGGGGGGGAGAGGAGGAAGAAGAGAUGAUUCCGGCUCCCCGGCGGGUCACCAGUCUGGAGCUGGGCAUGUAUGCCUUGCUGGGCAUCUUCUGCCUGGCCAUCCUCAUCUUCCUGGUCAACGGCGUGGUCUUUGUGCUGCGCUACCAGCACAAGGAACCCCCCGAUGGCGCCGCUGACCCUGCCUCCCCCCAGCCCCACAACUGGGUCUGGCUGGGCACCGACCAGGAGGAACUGAGCCGUCAGUUGGACCGCCAGGCCCCUGAUCCACCCAAGGGGGAAGGGGGGUGCCCCUGCGAGAGUGGGGGAGGAGGAGGAGAGGAGCCCCCAGUCCUGGCCCCCACCAGCUCCCCCAGCACCUUGACGCGGAAGGAGGCCGGGGGGCGAAGGAAGCGGGUCGAGUUUGUGACAUUUGCAAAGGCGCCCCCGGUCCCGCUGCCUGAGGAGCCCGCGGGGGCUCCGGCUGUGCAGUCCAUCCUAGUGGCGGGCGAGGACGACAUCCGUUGGGUGUGUGAGGACAUGGGGCUGAAGGACCCUGAAGAACUGCGCAGCUACAUGGAGAGGAUUCGGGGCAGCUCCUGACCGGGCCCCCCAUCCCACCCCUGCUACCCCCACUGCUGCUUGCUGACCUCAGUCCCCUGCCCAGGUCCCUCAAGAGAGGAUGCCUACCCAAGCCUCUUCUGUCUGUCCCCACCCCCCCCCACCCCCUUCCCCCGCCUUGUCAUGGACCAUGAGGAAGAGCUUGAUGCCCUGUAUUUAUGGGAACCAUUUCAUCCUGAUAUUGGGGACAGAAUAAACUGAGAAGGGAA